GAUCCAGGCUCACGCUUCGUGUUUGUGUUUAGAAUCGUUGUGCAGUAGUCGCGGUGGGUUAGGUUUGCAACCUUUGAACAGGCGACGAAGUGAGUGCACAGCAGCUGUUGUUCGGCUGACGUUGAGAAGGAGCCGCUGUUCUCCGGAGGAGUUGUUCGGCUGACGUUAAGAGAAGGAGCCGCUGUUCUCCGGAGGAGUUUGCUGCAGCGGACAGAGGAUGUUUCCAGCCAGCAGAUACUGUAAAGCGCACAGGUGUAUCAGGGCUUUGACAACACUACAGGUGGAGCAUGCUGCCCCUCAGCUGUUUGUCCACAGGAGGACAUGCUCUUCAGUGUCGACACCCCGCAUCACCACACACUACACCAUCCAUCCUCGAGACAAAGAUCCAAGAUGGGAAGGGAUCGAAAUGGAGCGGUUUGCUGAUGAGGCAGACGUGGUGAUAGUUGGUGGAGGCCCUGCUGGCCUUUCGGCUGCCAUUCGUCUUAAACAGCUAGCCAACGAGCAUCAGAAGGAGCUGCGGGUGUGCCUUGUGGAGAAAGCCCCCCAGAUGGGGGCACACAUUCUGUCCGGAGCCUGUUUAGAGCCCAGCGCCCUCACGGAGCUCAUCCCCGACUGGAAGGAACGGGGGGCUCCUCUGAAAACUCCGGUGACGGAGGAUGUGUUCAGCAUUUUAACAGAGAAGCACAGAAUCCCUGUCCCCAUAUUACCAGGCCUGCCCAUGAGGAACCAUGGGAACUACAUCGUCAGGCUGGGAAACUUUGUGCGUUGGCUGGGAGAGCAGGCUGAGGAGCUCGGAGUGGAGCUUUACCCGGGUUAUGCUGCGGCUGAGGUUUUAUUUCAUGACGAUGGAAGUGUAAAAGGCAUUGCCACUAAUGAUGUCGGCAUUGCCAAGGAUGGUUCACCAAAGGAUGUUUUUGAGCGAGGAAUGGAGCUUCAUGCUAAAGUCACGUUGUUUGGAGAAGGCUGCCAUGGCCACUUAGCUAAGCAGCUUUAUAAGCACUUCAACCUGCGUGAGAACUGUGAUCCCCAGACGUACGCCAUUGGUCUUAAGGAGUUGUGGGUGAUCGAUGAGAAGAAAUGGAGGCCCGGCAGAACAGAACAUUCUGUGGGUUGGCCCCUGGACAGACACUCGUAUGGAGGAUCCUUCCUGUAUCACCUCAAUGAAGGAGAGCCUCUCGUUGCCUUAGGCUUUGUGGUGGGUUUAGACUACUCAAACCCUUACCUGAGUCCUUUCAAGGAGUUUCAGCGCUGGAAGCACCACCCGUUUAUUGCUCCUACACUGGAGGGAGGCCAGAGGAUUGCUUAUGGAGCCAGAGCCUUAAACGAGGGAGGAUUUCAGUCUAUCCCAAAGCUAACUUUCCCUGGGGGGCUGCUGAUUGGCUGCAGCCCGGGGUUCAUGAAUGUGCCAAAGAUCAAAGGGACGCACACGGCUAUGAAGAGCGGCAUCCUGGCUGCUGAGGCCAUCUUCCCUAAAGCUACAGCAGAAAACCUGGACUCAGAGACGGCAGGGCUGCAUGUGCCCGAGUACAGUGAGAACUUGAAGAAGUCAUGGGUGUGGAAAGAGCUGUACUCUGUGAGGAACAUCAGACCGUCCUUCCACAACCCCUUUGGCCUGUACGGUGGCAUGGUUUACACGGGGAUCUUCUACUGGAUCCUGCGAGGAAAAGAGCCGUGGACCCUCAAACACAGUGGUCUUGAUGCACACCAGCUGAAACCAGCUAAAGACUGUACGCCCAUCGAGUAUCCCAAGCCUGACGGCAAGAUUAGCUUUGACCUGCUGUCCUCUGUGGCCCUGAGCGGCACCAACCACGAGGGGGACCAGCCCCCACAUCUCACCUUAAAGGAUGACGGCGUCCCGGUGGGCCAGAACCUGGCUGUCUAUGAUGGACCUGAGCAGCGGUUCUGCCCUGCAGGUGUCUACGAGUUCGUUCCCUUGGAAACGGGAGACGGGAUGAGAUUACAGAUUAACGCUCAGAACUGUGUCCACUGCAAGACCUGCGACAUCAAAGACCCGAGCCAGAACAUCAACUGGGUGGUUCCUGAGGGCGGCGGCGGACCUGCCUACAACGGAAUGUGACCUCUUGUUCCCACCGGUUGUCUUGAAGGAUUAGUUUUAUGUUCAGGGUGACGGUACAGUUCAGAGGAUGUGCCAAAACACAUCCAAGUACACAACUGUUCCAGGGUACAAGAAUUAUGUUUUAUGUUUUCAACUUGAGGUUUGAAACCCGUGUAAAGCCAGGACCACGUGCAAGUCAAACUGUCAGCUCGUGCUUUACUCUCUGGGGGGGCUCUUUUAGGAGGAAUACUUGAACAGCAGCAUUACCAGGUAGUUAAGUUUAUGUCAAUAUUGUAAAAUUCAACGAGCUGUAAAAUGUUCAGCCACUGUUGGCAGCAUAUUUUAACAGCAUGCAACAAAUUAUAUACUGUGACAGUAAUUAAUAAAAAACACUUGAUGGUUAGUCUUUAUUUUAUCGAGCUGUAAAAACAUAAAUAAGGACAUGGAUGAAC